AUGGAAGAGUAUACCUUUUACCCUCCCGAUACAGAUCUCGAUCUCAGCUUUACCAGCACCACCUCCGCCGGCACUGACCGGACCUUUGCUUCAUCCAGUGCUCGCACGAGCUUGGCUCGCAGCAGCUUGACUCUCAGCUUCAAUGAACGUCUGUCCACUGCUUCCGCUACCGCCGGGACUUCCUCUUCUACACUAUUCCUCCGACCGCAUCGGGCCUCCGAUCCUCAUUGGUCUGCGAUCAAAGCUGCCACCACUCUCUCGUCAGACGGUGCCCUUCACCUCCACCACCUCAAGCUCCUCCGCCAUCUCGGCACCGGGAAUCUCGGGCGAGUAUUCCUCUGCCGUCUUCGUGACUAUGAUCACGCAAACUUCGCUCUCAAGGUUGUCGAUAAGGACUUACUAAGCAGCAGGAAGCUCUCUCAUGUACAAAUGGAGGGUGAGAUCCUGUCCAUGCUGGACCAUCCUUUUCUUCCUACGCUCUACGCUAAAUUGGAGGUCUCUCAUUACACGUGUCUGUUGAUAGAUUACUGCCCCGGGGGCGACCUCCACUCUCUCCUACGAAAACAGCCGGGAAACCGGCUACCGCUCCAGGCUGUUCGGUUCUUCGCGGCGGAGGUCCUGGUAGCGUUGGAAUAUUUGCAUGCGCUUGGCAUCGUGUAUAGGGAUCUGAAACCAGAGAACGUUCUAUUGCGGGAAGACGGCCACGUCAUGCUGUCCGACUUCGAUUUGUGCUUCAAGGCCGACGUGGCCCCCACAUUCCGGUGUCGGGCAGAGCCAACGAGGAGGAAGAAGCGCGCGUGCAACUGUUUCAGUGGCGCCAGAGCUAGAUCGCCGGCGCAGCUGGUGGAAGCGGAGUUCGUGGCGGAGCCAAACGGGGCUUACUCGAGGUCAUGCGUUGGGACGCACGAGUACUUAGCGCCGGAGUUGGUCUCCGGCAACGGCCAUGGCAACGGUGUGGACUGGUGGGCGUUUGGGGUGUUCAUUUACGAGCUGUUGUACGGGACGACGCCGUUUAAAGGAUGGAGCAAAGAGAGCACCCUGCGUAAUAUAGCAUCAAGUCGAAACGUGAGCUUCCACGUGGCGGAAGUAGAGGAAGAGGGCAUGGCGGAAGCGAGGGAUCUGAUAGAGAAACUGCUAGUGAAGGAACCAAGGAGAAGGCUAGGAUGCGGCAGAGGAGCGACGGAUAUAAAACGACACGCGUUUUUUGGCGGGAUCAAAUGGCCGUUGAUCCGAACCUACCGGCCACCCGAGGUUCGGGGGCUAACGAUCAAGAAGGGGAGGUCGCAUGUGAACAGUCACGUGAGCCAUAGGAGAAUACGGUGGUGGUGGAAGGGGCUUGAUUAUAUUCUAAAGAGAAAUAAUAAGGGAUAUAACUUAAUCUCAAACUAUAGUAAUGGUAAUUACUAUCGUUACGUUAAUGGUAAUAAGGCUAGGAAAUGUGUUUGAGAUUCGCUUACUGGUAAAAAAAAAAAAAAAAAAGAUAGUUGAUGAGCAUCUUAUUAGUGAAUAUAUAUAAACAUAGGAGAGAUCGAUUGGCCGUAAAUAUAUAUAUAUAUAUAUAUAUAUUUUAAUUUGCUCAAUUUUGGGUGUGAUU